AUGAGUCCCCUUAGCACCACAGACGUGCUAAUUGUUGGAGCCGGUCCCAUGGGCCUUCUGACUUCCAUCGGUCUUGCCAAGCAAGGCGUUGACACGAUAGUGCUGGACAAGCGAGAGCGCAACGUACAAGUUGCCGCUGGUCGCGCCACUACGCUCUAUCCUCGCUCUCUGGAGUUACUCGAGCCCCUAGGUGUGACGGGCGACCUGCUUCAGAAGGGAUUCGUGGCCCGAAGUAGCGUCAACUUCAAAAACGGCAACAGAGUCAACGAACGUGGCUGGAACGAUAUGUUUGAUGCCGCCAAGCUUAGCUACCAUGACUACCUUUUGAACAUUCGUCAAUGUAACUCUGAGGAGGUCUUUCUCUCUCACUAUGAGAAAUGUGGCAAGUCUGUCUGGUACGGCUGGAAAUUAGUGGCUUACAGCAUCGACACCUCUCUCAACGAUGGAUUCCAUAUCACUGCUACCCUUGAACAUCCGACCAAGGGUCAAAGUCAUGUUCGCAGCAAAUAUCUGCUCGGUGCUGACGGCGGUGCGUCAUCUGUGCGGCAACUAAGCGGUAUCACUAUGGACUUCCAAUCGACCAGCUAUGAAUGGAUUCGAAUCGAUGGGAAGAUUUCAACAGAUAUGCCAGGCGAAUGCCUCGGAUUUGCCUCGAUCGAAACAGAGCAUCAUGGGAACGUCUUAUGGGUCAAGCUGGAUGGAGACGCUCACCGCAUCGGAUAUGCUUUGACCCCACAUCUUCUGGCCAAGUAUCCUAAUGGCAUUACGGAGACUGAAGCCGUCCAGGAAGCCAUCGAUUCUGUCAAGCCUUUUAAGCUGCAUGUUGAUAGACUUGACUGGUGGACACAUUACAAGAUUCGACAGGGCGUUACACAGUUGUUCCGAAAGGACAAGUAUGUCCUGCUCGGUGGAGACGCUGCUCAUAUUCAUUCAUCCGGAUUUGCCCAAGGCAUGAAUACUGGCAUCCACGACGCCACUAACCUGGUCUGGAAGUUGGCUGGAGCCGUCAAAGGCUGGUACAAAGACUCAGUCCUCGACACGUACCAUACGGAGCGACAUGCAGCAGCGACACGACUGAUCUCAAUUGAUACAGAAGCCUCGAGUGUCAUUUCUGGUAACAUCCCUGCACGAUACGAGUCCCAGGGACUCACCGCCGAUGAGAUUUUGUGGAAAACCUGGACCGAAAACAUCAGCUUCAACGUUGGGCUGGGUGUUUCGUAUGCCAAGUCAGUCCUUAAUCAAAAUCCUCGUGAUACUUGUCUUCAGACUGGCAAACGUUGUCCUGACGCCCUAAUUCGUGGUCCGGGAAUCAACGUCCCUCUGCGUCUCUACGAUGCUCUUCUGCAGGACGGAACCCCUGGUCGUUGGAGUAUCGUGGUCUUUGCCGGUAACACCGCCUUAACCAAGAAUGGUUUCCAAACCGUUAGAGACUGUUUGGAGAGCGUUACAGACUCACAUAAAGACUUGAUUCGCCUUGCAACCAUCAUGGCUGGUUCUGCUGGUAGUGCUUGGUCCGCUCUCGGUGGCCCUGCUCUCGGUAAUUGCUACUUUGAUGGAGAUGGAAGUGCCCAUGCACAAUAUGGAAUAGACCUGGCUGCAGGAGCCAUCGUUGUCAUUCGUCCUGAUACUAUCCUCAGCUUUGCAACAGGCUUGAGCGAUGCUUCUAGUAUAGCAGAUUACUUUAGCCAGUUUCUCAAUUAG